UCAGCCGCACCGUGAAGGGGCCGUCCCUCUCACUGGAGAUCUGACCGUGCCAGGCCCACCUAUCCCCAGCAUCUCCACACAUCUCCUGCUUAGACCAUACUUUUGACUUGAGUGCGCGACCAGAUCACACGGGGACAAGUCGAAGACUGUUUGUAAAGAGUAACUCGGCCAAGAUGGAUGUGUUCAUGAAGGGUUUGUCUAAAGCGAAAGAAGGGAUGGCUGUGGCCGCAGAGAAGACCAAGGAAGGAGUUGCGGUUGCAGCUGAAAAGACCAAGGAAGGAGUUAUGUUCGUAGGUACAAAGGCAAAGGACAGCGUGGGAACAGUGGCUGAGAAGACCCACGGAGCCGUGGGGAACAUUGUCGCUGCUACCGGCCUGGUAAAGAAGGACGAGUUCCCGGCCGACAUGAACCCCGAGGAGUAUGGGCAGGAAGCCAUGGAGGGCCAGGGAGAGGGGAUGCAGCCAGAAGGGGAGACAUAUGAUGAAACCCAGCAGGAGAGCCAGGACUACGAGCCAGAAGCGUAAACACAUCAACCCCGACCCAUCAAAACACCAUCCAACCAGCAGCACAAUAAUAUUUCUAAUGAUAAUAAAGGACAAAGGCUGAAACUAUUACAAUUACAUCCCUGUUGCAAAAAACAACAAAAAGACAAGCAUUCCCACUGAAAAUGUUCUUCCUUCGAGACAAAUCUUUUAUUAUUAUAUAUUGUAAAUGUCAUGUUAUUAAUGUAAUGUGUUGGGUGUAGGUAUUUAUUGAGCUGUAGGAGUUGUCCUCUCAGUCUCAUUUCCUUGACUCCCUCCCAACGAAAUGAGACCAGAACCAGGGCCUGUGACUUUGUACUUGUGUGUGUGUGUGUGUGUGUGUGUGUGUGUGUGUGUGUGUGUGUGCGUGUGCGUGUAUUUAGAAAUGUGCAAUAGAUGUUCAUCAUCUUCCAAUGAGACAUUGGGAGUGAAAAAAUCAAUAUGGCCGGUUGCAAGCAGAUAUGAGUAUAAUAAUAUCCUCCUAAGUGUCAACAAUGCCUGUUUGUGGGUUUUGUUUUGUUCUAUCUUUCUUUUCUCUUUGCAUUUCUUUUGAGAUUUGUUUUUUGAAGUAAGAGUUUUUUACAUUGUAUCUUUAUAGUUGCUUGUGAAAUCAUUCCAGUAAACUGUCUGUUAGGAACUUGACAGAGUGUACAUGUUUGUGUGUGUGCGUGUGUUUGUGUGCGUACUGAAGAUUUUAAGAUGUUAAAGUUAAUAUAUUCUGUCUUUAUGGAUGUCAUAUCAAUAUGAGCUUUAAAUUGCAGGACUUGUCAAUAAAAGGUUUAUGUGUUAAGACAGAUCUAUAAAUCCUCUGUAAAUAAAAACUGAA